UCCUCCCCUACUUAUCUUUCAACCCUACCUUGGAUGUCCUUAUAAAAUCCGUAAUACAACAUCAUUUACCAUUUCAGUAUUGCCAUCAUGGCCUCUUCCCUGUAGAAGUCGCAGCUUUGGCUGUGACUUCUUCCUCUUUGUGCAGACAUGGCGGGGAAGCAAUCUGGGGUAUGGAACACUACGCCCUCGGGUCUUAAGAAUCACAACAAAAAUGAGUCAAGUUUCCCGGGCUUGCUAGCUGCACGCUCGGAGGCCAACAACAAAAUCGAAUAUGAAGAGCUACAAAAGAACGAAGUAUUAGCCCUUGAGGCCAUUUACAGCGACGACUUCGUUAUGCAUACCGAAACUCAGAACGCCUGGAAGGUAACCUUUGAAGAACCCUUACUACCUUAUCGAGACACAUCACUUUGGCCAAUUUUGAAGCUCACGCCCUAUAAUAGAAGCCAGAACCACAUUUUGAUAUCCGGAUAAAGGCAUCAUCCGAUGAAGAGCUCGCCUGCACACUGUCCUUUGUCAUGACUGCGACCUACCCGAAAUCUCCUCCUAUCAUUACCAUGAAGAACUACGACCUCAAGGAAGUCACGACGUUCAAGAUCCAGAAAUACCUAGAAACGAAGCCCAAGUUAUUCGCACAGGAUGCACAAGAAAUGAUCGAUCAAAUCGUGGAAGGAGUACGGGAUAUCCUUGAGGAUGCUGCGCAAGCAAAGGCAAACGGGAAACAUCUGCCUUCCCUCGAAGAAGAACGAGAGCGGCACGAAGCUUCCUUAGCGAAGUUGGCAGAGGAGGAAAAGGAAGGGGCGGCGCGCAAGAGAAGGGAAGAAAAACAGGAAGAAGAGCGUGCCAUGGCCUUAACUCUCCAACAACACAUUUAUCAGAAUAAACAACAGGCCAUGGAGUCGAACCGCCGUCCCAGCAAUACCCCCCAGCAAUCUUCUACAAGUUCAGAGGCAGAAGAAAUCAUCGAGUUCGAGCAAUUAUGUAACGCUACGGAUCAGUCAGGAAAUACUCUCUUCUUCAAGUCCGUUACAAGCAAACGCCACCUUCGGCAGGGACCUGUAUCCACCAUCUACGAAGUCCGACCUUUGCUGAACAAUGGGCUUGGCAACCUGCCUAUGGCACUGAAACAGACUGUCAUCCGUACCACAAAUAAGGACCCCAAAAAGUUCAGCCUUCAGGUACAGAAUCUCGAGUCUCGUCUUAUGGAUCUGAAGUCUGUCAAACAGUUUCACCAUCCCCAUCUCGUUCAGGUUUUGGGCUUCAAGGUUCAAGACUCCCCCAUGGAUCCAGCUAUCGCGGACACGUGCACAAUUAGUAUCCUGUUGCCUUGGGCAGACUGGGGCUCUUUGCAGGAGUUAUUGGAGCUUUCAACGCCUGGAAUUGGCAAAGUACGCUCAUGGACCCGAGAUCUGCUAGAUGCACUCCAUUUUCUUCACGACAAGAAACUUGUUCACGGAGACAUCCAUUCGGGAAACAUUCUCCUGUUCCGAGAGUCAAAUGGACAAACCGUCCCCAAAAUCUCCGAUGCAUGGUACCAGAGCGAAAUUCACUCCAUCUCCUCGAACAAGCCAGGACGCCUGCAGCAGAAGACUGGCAAAUCUGCCUACUGGCUACCCCCCGAGAUCGCUGGUCGAUCGAAUCCCGUGUAUACAUCCAAGACUGAUAUUUGGGAUUUUGGUGUCGUGUUUGUCCAAAUGAUCUUUGGCUUUAACGUGCAACAAACGUUCACAUCACCCAAGAUUCUAAUGGAAUCGUUUGCCUUGUCCCUUCCUCUAAAGGAAUUACUCAGCAAAUUCUUUAAGGAAGACGAGCAGGAACGCCCUCGAGCUUAUGUGUUUGGACCCAGCGAGUUCCUAGCCACAGACGCUCGAAUUCUCUUGGAGAAUUCUCCCGCAGCCCCAUCCACGAACCCCUCGGUGUUGCCACCAGACUUUGGAGAAAGAGAUUUACUUAAUUUGACUGCUCGUCAACGUUCUUCUCGUUCGCGGUACGAAGAUGACUUCAUAGAGGAGGCCAAGCUCGGAAAAGGUGGUUUCGGGGAGGUAGUCAAGGCAAGGAUGAAGCUAGACGGCCAGGUUUAUGCCAUCAAGAAGAUUAAAACACGUUCGGAAACCAACCUGGACGAGCUUAUCAAGGAGGUCCAACUUUUGUCACGACUCAACCACCCUGCGGUUGUACGAUACAACAACACGUGGGUCGAACGCCUUCCUGGUCACUCCGAUACCGAAGACUGCACAUCUACUAGCGACCCUUCUGAAGAGGACUCUGAGGGAAACCUGUCUGCGGACAUUGAAUUUGAGUCUACUAACAAUACUGGAGGUCUUGAUUUCAUGUCAUCCAAUGCCAACGUCGUUUAUGGAGAUGACGACUCCGAUGGCUCUGAAGAUGACGAGACAGAAGAGGAGGCAGGAUCUGAGGAUGGUAUGUUUGAUCACAACGAGUUAUCUUCCGUUGAUGGAGGCACAAACGCCAGGGUAUCGCGACUUGCUCGGUCUCGGCGUUCAAUCAUAACGACGCUGUACAUAGCUAUGGAGUACUGCGAGAAACGAACCCUCAGAGAUAUCAUCGCAAGAGAUCUUUACAAGGAUACUCUAGCAAUUUGGCACCUUUUUUCUCAGAUUGUGGAAGGUCUAGCCCACAUUCAUGGGCUUGGCAUCGUUCACCGUGAUUUGAAACCGGAAAAUAUCUUCAUUACUAGCAGUCCCGACCGUAUUGGUAAUGUGAAGAUCGGCGAUUUCGGACUCGCUAUACGUGGACAGUUCUCCGUGGAGAGAGCCAACGAAAACGGUAUGGAGCCAGACGACAUGACCAGAAGCAUUGGCACUGCCUACUAUUCCGCGCCCGAAAUUAGAUCAACUGUACACGGUAUAUAUAACACCAAAGUUGACAUGUAUUCUCUGGGUAUCAUUUUCUUCGAGAUGUGCUAUCACCCUAUGCUGGGCAUGGAAAAGGACACUGUUCUCGGACAACUUAGGCAGCCGAAACCAGUUUUACCAUUGGACUUCAAGCCUAGUGACAACUCUCAGACGAACGUUGUAUUGUCUUUGGUCAACCACAAUCCCAACGAAAGGCCUUCGAGCACCAACCUCCUUGAGGAUAAAGAGUUACCUAUUCAGCUUGAGACUCGGAAAGGCAAACGGGCUCUUACUAUGCUUACAAAUCCUCGCUCAUCGCACUACCACGAAGUCAUCUCGAGGCUGUUCUCAGUGCCUAUGGAACCCAUUAAGGAUUUUGCCUGGGACAUGUCUGUGAAGACGCUGAGCCCACAGGAGUUGCACAAACAAGGAUUGGUUAAACAAGAACUUAUCUCGAUAUUCCGUCUCCAUGGUGCUUUGGAAACACCACAAAGCAGCAUACAUCCCCGAUCUCCGCACUAUGGAGACAACGCUUUCCAGCUGCUGGAUUCUAAGGGCAACCUACUCCAGCUGCCUUAUGAUCUAACACUUGGAAAGGCAAGGAUGAUGGCUAAGCGCUCUAAUGAUCCAAUCGCUGAACGAACUUAUACAUUUGGCAACGUUUUCCGGGACAAGAACGAUGGAGGCCACCCACUAAUGAUUGGAGAAGCUGAUUUUGAUAUUUUCACCACCCAAACGUCAGACCUGUCUUUCGAUGAUGCAGAGGUUCUCAAAGUGAUGGAUGAAAUCGUCCACGCAUUCCCUUCCUUGUCCACAACUCCUAUGUGUUUCCAUCUGGGACACUCGGAUCUUUUACAACUCAUCUUCGAUUAUUGUGGAGUUCAACCUAGUAGUCGACCUGCUGCGGCAGAUGUCCUGAGCAAGCUGAACGUUCGUGGCCACAACUGGCAGAAGAUUAAGGCUGAGCUGCGGUCACAGUCCGUCAACGUUUUCUCUAUGAGUGUUUCUGAUCUACAAAAGUUCGACUUCAGAGGUAAGUGAGCUAGGGGGAAAUAAAAUACGACCCCUCGAUAGGUGGAACGCCAGCGAAUUUUGGUGCAUUAGGGGUCGUUUAUUUCCCGUCUCCCGCCUCCCCCCCUUCCCCCUCCCGGAGGGUGAGGUAAGGGACACAUAUGAAGAUUCAGAGCUAACAGCGAAUAGACACUCCGAACAAGACAUUCUCCAGGUUGAAGACCCUUUUUGAGGGCAGCGAUAUGUACCAACGAGCUUCUCCCACGAUCGCGCAUCUGAAGGAAGUGAUUGAGUAUUGCAAGCGCCUGGGCGUGGGAACAAAGAUCUAUAUCAAUCCGUUGAACAGCUUCAGAGAAAGCUUUUACAAAGGCGGCAUCCUCAUUUCAUGCCUCUACGACACGAAGGCCAAGGAGGUUUUUGCUGCUGGCGGAAGGUAUGAUCAACUUAUCAAAGAAUGCCGACCUAGUGUUGGUGGCCAAAUCGGGAAUAAACAUGCUGUUGGAAUCAGUUUGGCAUGGGAGCGAUUGGCAAAAAUUCCCAAAGCCGGUGGGCGAUCAUUCUUGAAGAAACCCGAGGACGAAUCAAGCGGAAUUUUCAACUCUCGACGAUGUGAUUGUUUGGUAGCUAGCUUCGAUGCCGCUGUGUUGAGAUCUUCGGGUGCUGAAAUGCUUCAGACACUCUGGGCAAACAAUAUCAGCGCUGAGCUGGCCGAUAAUGCAGGAUCACUGGAAGACUUGCUAUCGAAACACGACGAAGAGGAAUAUUCUUGGCUCAUCAUCAUCAAACAGGAUGCAAUGCUGAAGAUCAAGAGCUUGGGAAGAAAGGACGUGCCUGAUACGGAUAUUCCAACAACACAACUACUUUCUUGGCUUCGGAACGAAUUUCGAGACCGCGAUUCAAGAACAGUGGUGAAACUUCGCGGCAACAGCUCUGCAGAUACCAAUGGCCCGGGCGAGAAGGAAGAGCAAGAGGUUCGUGUGUUGGUGGCACAAACACGGAGCAAAAAGUUCAACCGUAGAACGGUUGUGGAGCAAGCUCAAAGCACUGCAAGCAGCUUGGUACAGUCUUUCCUUGAUGGCCCUAUCUUGGCCAUCGAGACAACGGAUCAGGUCAUGGAUCUAAUCCGCGGGACCUGCCUCUCAGAGGUUGAUGGCUGGCGACAAGUCGAGCAGUCGGUGACGAAUACGGAAAGGAAAUACAUCCGGGAGAUCCAUGACGAGCUGGAUAACCUGCGAUUCAAGUAUCAGAAGAAGGGCGGCGGUGACGGGUCGCGGCACGCAUUCGUGUACAAUUUUCGGUCAGGCAACUGCGUGUAUUAUGACUUAGGAGCUUAGGGUACUUUUAGUGAUAGGAAUAAUAAGAUUACCUAAACUUAAAUUCUAAUAAUAUUUACAAAAUUUCUCAAG